AUGGUCUCUAUAUCCAACCUGGUCACCACCCACCGCCCCGACCUAGACCCCUUACAAGACUUCUACAAACGCUGUCUCGCCUACCCCGAGCUCUCUAACCAAGAAGCCUCCACCGCCACCGCCAUUGCUGACCAUUUGGUUGUCCUAUUUUCAGACUUCAACAUCAACACCAGCGUCCUCCUCUGCACCGACAUGGAAACCUUGCCUCGCAUGCAAGACGCUGAAGGUGUCGAGAAGCCCGUCAUGCACACUGGCGGACACGAUAUGCAGAUUGUCUGCCUCCUUGGCGCCGCGGAGAUCUUACUCGAUGCUCGGGAUUCCUGGUCUGGGACUCCGAUUUCGAUCUUGAAACCCGGCGGAGGAAAGUGGGAGGGGAGCACAGGCCAUGUGCUCGGGGUACACGUGAUGCCAUUCCAGGCAGGAAGUAUCGGGACGCGAAGGGGGCUGUUCGCCACGUCGGCUGAUAGCAUGAAAGUCACACUUCACGGGAGGAUUGCUCACGCGGCCAUGCCGGAAAGGUCAAUAGAUCCAGUCAUCAUGCGGCGAGCGCAGUGGGAACUGCAGACUAUUAUGGUCAGAGAAACAGACCCGGCGGGUGAGGCCGUGCUGAAGGUAGCGAUUUUCUAUGCGGGGGAUGCGCAAAACGUGAUUGGGGACUUAGGGGGCCGGGGAUCAAUACGAGAUCCAUCACACAAAGGACGAGGGACAGACCUUGGGGAGGAUUGCGGAUAUUUUACGGGCAGAGAGUGUGGGAGCUAUGGCGUCAAGGGAGACAACAUUUUGGAACACGAGGAAUUACCCGUUGACGACAACGAUGAUACUAUCUCAGCGAGGCUGGAAGAGACGUUUGCGAAGCACUUUGGGAAGGGGAAUGGGUACUACGGUGGGGAAGCCAUUUGUUUCUUCAUGUAUGCUGGGAAGGAGGAGGUGUGGGAUUGGGCUCAGAGGCAUGUGCAGUGUAAUCAUUUGGCUUUGUUUGCACCCGGUAUUAUGCCGACGCUGAGGAUUGGUAUUGAUGGAUAUGCAGCAGCGGCGCUCACGUUGUGA